AUGGUUGCGGACACCGCAUACUACGACACCUUGGGUGUUCAACCCACGGCUUCCGAGCUCGAGAUCAAGAAGGCCUACCGCAAGCUGGCCAUCGUCCACCACCCAGACAAGAACCCCAACGACCCCUCCGCACAUGAAAAGUUCCAGGAGAUCGGCGAGGCCUACCAGGUCCUUUCCGAUAAAGACCUACGGGCCGCUUACGACAAGUUUGGCAAGGACCACGCCAAGCCCAGCGAGGGUUUUGCCGACCCCGCCGAGUUCUUCACCUCCAUCUUUGGCGGCGAUGCCUUUAAGGGCGGCCUCAACAGGAGCAGCGCGAGCAGCUCGCGGCCAUGGAGGCGCAGCGGGCGCUCGUGCGGCAGGAGCGCGGUCGACACACUCGCGCGCAAGCUCGUUGACCGCGUCAGCGUGUGGACCGAGACGGACCGCGGUGAGGCCGUGACGCGGGCGUUCCAGGAGAAGACGCGCCUCGAGGAGGCCAACAUGAAGAUGGAGUCGUUUGGCCUCGACAUUCUCCACGCCAUCGGCCAGACGUACCUCGCCAAGGCGACGAACCUGCUGCGCUCCCAAAAGUUCCUCGGCAUCGGCGGCUUCUUCAGCCGCGUCCGCGAUAAGGGCACCCUCCGCCGCGUCACCGGCAAGAUCCUCACCGCCGCCUGGCGCGGCUCCAAGUUUGAGAUUCAGAGCGUCCUGCGCGAGGUCUGCGACCAGGUCCUCUACGACAAGAAGGUGCCCCUGCAGAAGCGUCUCCAGCGCGCCGAGGCGCUGGUCCUCAUUGGCGACAUUUUCAUCAAGGCGAAACGCUCCCCCGAGGAGGAGGGCGACCACCUCGUCUUCGAGCAGCUCGUCGCCGAGGCGGCCAUCAAGCGCGAAAAGGACACGAAGAAGAAGUCGGGCAAGAAGCACCACCUGCACCCCCACCACGACGAGGCCGAGAAGACGGCCGCCGACGCGCCGAACGUGCCCAAGGAGAAGGCCGACCUGUGA